UAAAAACAGAAAAUGGAGAACAGGAAAAUGGAGCUCUGGAAGUGAUUCUCAAAAUAAUUAUUGUUGACAACGAAAAGCGAAUAUGGCCGGUGCCUAAACCAGAAAACAAACUUUCUCGUCAUCUUCAUCAUAAAUUCAUAAUUCCUCUCUCUCUCUAGAAGUAUAUACAAAUCAGCUUGUGCGAGCCAUUAACGCUCCAUAUUCGUACAUACCCUCUGUCUGAAAAAGAUAUACCAACAUUUCUGCACUCAAAUCUUAAAAGCCUAAAAAAGCUUCGGGACAGAGAGAAGCCGAAACUUUCAAUUAUUAUUCACUGCUUUUUCCUCAUCUACAUAAGCUCUCUCUUCUUUGCCAGCUCUCCUAUGCACUUCACUCCCUCUUUCGGCCUUCUCUAUACUAUUUUCUUCUCUCUAGCAAGAGCCGUUAUUUUGAUCACAAUCGCCAGUUUAUCGACAACAUAAAUUGCUGUUAUUAUCAUUAUUUGUAUCGGAAGGUCAUUGUAAUAGCUGAGGAUAGGAACCCUUCAAGGUAUACAGUGUCCUUUUAAAGGGAUUUGAGGAGUUAAUACAAUGACGACCUCGGUGAAAGACUUGGAACCAGCAUUUCAGGGAGCAGGCCAAAGAGUUGGGACUGAGAUUUGGAGAAUUGAAAGUUUCCAACCAGUUCCGUUACCCAAAUCUGAUUAUGGAAAAUUCUAUUCAGGGGACUCUUACAUCAUAUUGCAGACAUCUCCUGGUAAGGGUGGUGCUUAUUUGUAUGAUUUACAUUUCUGGCUUGGAAAAGAUACUAGUCAGGAUGAAGCUGGAACAGCUGCAAUCAAAACUGUAGAACUCGAUGCGAUUCUUGGAGGUCGAGCAGUUCAGUACAGAGAAAUCCAAGGUCAUGAAACUGAUAAGUUCUUGUCGUAUUUCAAACCCUGCAUUAUACCACUGGAAGGUGGGGUUGCAUCGGGAUUUAAGGCGGUGGAGGAAGAAGAAUUUGAAACACGGUUAUAUGUUUGCAAAGGAAAAAGGGUUGUCAGGUUGAAGCAGGUCCCAUUUUCCCGCUCAUCACUAAAUCACGACGAUGUGUUUAUUCUGGAUACUAAAGAUAAGAUAUAUCAGUUCAAUGGUGCAAACUCUAAUAUUCAGGAGAGGGCCAAAGCUUUGGAAGUGAUUCAGUUUUUUAAAGACAAGUAUCAUGAGGGAAAGUGUGACGUUGCUAUUGUAGAUGAUGGAAAUUUACAAGUUGAAUCAAAUUCUGGUGAAUUUUGGGUGCUCUUUGGAGGAUUUGCUCCAAUCAGUAAGAAAGUUGCUACUGAUGAUGAUAUUAUUCCAGAGAAGACCCCUCCCAAACUUUUUAGCAUAAGUGAUGGUCAAGCUGACCCAGUGGAGGGUGAACUUUCAAAAUCUUGUUUGGAAAACAACAGAUGUUAUUUAUUAGAUUGCGGUGAUGAAGUAUUUGUUUGGGUGGGACGCGUAACACAAGUGAAUGAGAGGAAAUCUGCCAUUCAAACAGCAGAGGCAUUAAUAGCUUCUCAGAACAGACCCAAUUCGACACGUAUUACUCGACUUAUUCAAGGUUAUGAGACUCAUUCAUUCAAGUCCAAGUUUGAUUCUUGGCCAUCUGGGUCAACACCUGCUCCCGAGGAGGGAAGAGGAAAAGUUGCAGCUUUGCUCAAGCAACAAGGUGUGGGCAUAAAAGGGGCAGGCAAGAGUGACUCAGUAAAUGAGGAAGUACCCCCUUUGCUAGAAGCAGGGGGGAGAAUAGAGGUUUGGUGCAUUAAUGGCAGCUCGAAGAAUCUGGUUCCUAAAGAGGAUGUUGGUAAAUUCUACAGUGGAGAUUGCUAUAUAGUUUUAUACACUUAUCACUCUCAUGAUAAGAAAGAGGAUUAUUACUUAUGCUGGUGGGUUGGAAAGGAUAGUGUUGAGGAGAACCAAAAUAUGGCUUCUAAGUUGGCUACCUCGAUGUGCAAUUCACUGAAAGGGAGACCUGUGCUGGGUCGUAUAUUUCAAGGGAAAGAGCCGCCCCAAUUUGUUGCCAUUUUUCAGUUCCUAGUGAUUCUUAAGGGUGGACUAAGCUCUGGAUAUAAGAACUAUACUGCAGACAAAGGUCUAAAUGAUGAAACUUACACUGCCGAUUCAGUCGCGCUUAUCAGAAUAUCUGGGACUUCUGUGCAUAAUCAUAAAGCCGUUCAAGUUGAUGCGGUGGCAACUUCAUUGAACUCAAAUGAGUGUUUUCUUGCUCAAUCUGGUUCUUCAGUUUUCACUUGGCAUGGAACCCAGAGUACACAUGAGCAGCAACAGUUAGUUGCAAAGAUUGCUGAGUUCUUGAAGCCAGGAGUAACCGUAAAGCACACUAAAGAAGGAACUGAAAGCUCGGCUUUCUGGUUUGCUCUCGGGGGCAAACAAAGUUACACAAGCAAUAAAGCUCCUCCAGAAGUUGUCCGUGAUCCCCAUUUGUUCACAUAUUAUAUCGACAAAGGAAAACUUGAGGUUGACGAAGUGUACAACUUCUCCCAAGAUGAUCUGUUGACUGAGGAUGUAUUGAUACUAGACACACAUGCUGAGGUGUUCGUAUGGGUUGGUCAGUCAACGGACCCAAAUGAAAAACAGAAUGCUUUUGAAGUUGGGCUGAAAUAUACUGAGAUGGCUGCAUCUUUGGAAGGGUUAUCACUACAUGUUCCAUUGUAUAAAGUCUCCGAAGGAAACGAGCCUACCUUCUUCACUACAUUCUUUUCUUGGGACACUUCAAAAGCUACCGUACACGGAAACUCAUUUCAGAAAAAGGUCAUGCUAUUAUUUGGCGCAAGCCAUGCUGCAGCGAAUCAAGCAAGAUCCAAUGGGACAAAUCAGGGAGGAGCGACUCAAAGAGCUUCAGCCUUGGCUGCUUUGAAUUCUGCAUUUAGCUCAUCUUCCUCAACCAAACCUACUACUUCAUCUGCAAGGCCAGUAGCGAUAAGUCAGGGAUCUCAAAGGGCUGCUGCUAUAGCUGCUUUGUCUUCUGUCCUUACUGCUGAAAAGCAGCCAACUGAAACCCCUCCAGCACGAUUAGUUAAAAGCCCACUCCGAGAAACACGUCCCGUUACUGAAGUAAGCGAGAAUGAUAAAGCGGCUGAUGCAGUUGAAGAUUCCAAGGAAUUUCCCGAAGUUAAGGAAACAGAGGUAGCUGAAUAUGCUGUAGAAACCGAUUGGACAGAAUCCAAUGCAAAGCCAGAGCAAGAACUGGAUGAGAGCAGCGAAUGUGGGCAGACUAUAUUUAGUUAUGAGCGACUGAAGGCUAAAUCGGCCAACCCUGUCACAGGGAUUGAUUUUAAGCGGAGAGAGGCUUAUCUAUCAGAUGAGGAAUUCAUGGCAGUUCUCGGAACGACAAGAGAGGCAUUCCUUAAGUUACCCAAAUGGAAACAAGAUAUGAUGAAAAGGAAGGUAGACCUCUUUUAGAUUCUGCCAUUGAAUCUCAAGCAAGCAUUUCUUCUAUAUGCCAUGGUGCCGCAUUUGAAUGACCACAAUUCUUAUUAUUUGGGUUUCUUGUCAUGUAUUACCUGCUUGAAGAGAGUACUUAAUAUGAUCUUUUUCUAUAUAUAUUAUUGCUGUUGUGUUUGCUCUUAGUCUGAAGCUUGUAGUUAUGAGGACAGCCUAGUUAUUCUUUAAUUUGAUUGAUUAGCAUAGCAUGUCUUUGUCUGUAAGAGGCAAAGUUUUCCUCCCUUCACCAUUUUGAAGAUCGUUUUUAUUUUUAUUUUUUUAUAUUAAAAGGGUGUAUAUGUAUUUUCAAAUAUACAACUACUUGGUAUAAUAAAAUAUAGAAAGUUGUAUGGGUCAUGCAAUCACAAAAUAUGGAGUUCAGCAUUUUAUAGAGCUUGUUGUAUGAAUAAGUGUUUGUUUACA